AUGGUGCUCCUCUCGCGGCGCGGCGCGCGCGCCUCCGAUUCGCCGGGGCCUGGGGAGGGCAUCGAGGAAGGGAGCCGCGUGGUGGUGCUGAGCGGACGCAACUUUCCUUCCUUCGGCGCUGGCGACCAGGGCCGCGUUCUCCGGGUGGACCAGGAGGCUUUGAACUGCGAGGUGCUGUUUGACGGCCAGGGGCACCCUGUGCCAGUGGCGUUGCGGCACCUCAAGGUGCAGAAGGGCGGGGUGAACGGCCGGGUGCUGGCACCCACACGACUGGAGGAGCAGCCGAGCGACACCAGGGUGCCGCGGAAGUCCAGCUUGUCGGACCGCAGCAAUUCGGCCAGCCCCCGGCGCAGCGUCAGCAUCACCGAGCCCGUCGCCUCCCCACAGCCGUCCUCCCCGCGGGAGCCGCCGUCCGGACCCAGGCGUUCCUUGGACCAUCGGCUCCGGGCUGCGGAGAUGGCCCUGGACUCACCUCUGACGCCCGCCCCGGGCCCAGCGGCGCGGCCGUCGUCGGCAUCGUCGGGGUGGAGCCUGGAGGAACGGAUGGGGCGCUUGGAGCAGCGGCUGGCGCAGGAGGCGGAGGCCCGGCAGAUGCUGUCGCGGCAGCUGCAGGAGGCCAUCAGCUUUGGCCAGGCCCAGGAGGCCCGCGCCAACGCCUUGGAGCGACAGCUCCAGGCCCGACCCGGAGGCGGAGUCGGAGCAGGGGCGAGCGCCAGUGCACCCACCAGCCCCUACUCCGGGAACCUCACGGCCCGUCGCUCCGCGCCGCUGUACCUCUCCGCUGCGCUGCCCCAAAGCGAGGCUUCCGGCCCGGCGCCUUCCCUCGAGCGCCCGGGUCCGUGUCCGGCACGCCCGGCGGGUCCGGCGGGUCCGGUGGUCGAGCGCCCCGGGCCGGGGCCGGGGCCGGCGGGCCCGGGCGAGGAGCGGUGCGUGUCGUGCGGCACGGCGAUGGCGCCGGGGUCGCGGUUCUGCAUCAAAUGCGGCCGGGAGGAGCCCGCGGAGCGCGUCCCCCGGCGAUCGCUGCCGAACCAGAACUCCUCGUAUAUCAGGGGCUAUCGGCAGCCGCCGGCCUCGGCCCAAGCGCCCUCGUCCGGACCUUUGCACACCGGCCACGUGCCCAGCGCGAGCGUGCCCGCCUCGCCCGUGAUGAGCCAUGCGCAGCUCGCCCGGGCGCAAGUGCUGAGCGCGGGGCAGGCGCUGCAGCCUCUGCCGGCCGGCGCAGUGAUGCCCAUGGAACACGAAUGUGCCUACUCCCCGGCGAGCCAUAUCUCCAACCUCUCGGGCAUCGGCGGCUUCACGCCCCCGCCGGCGCAGAUCUUGACGCCCAGGCUGGUGCUGCCGCAGCGGCCGUUUUAUUGA